AUGUCUCGCCAGGAGACAACUACUUCCCCGCCGACUUCCGCCGAUGGCUCCCUGGGCCCCGCUGCCUCCAGCCAGAAUGAUGGAGAUACAUUUGAGAAGUUGCCUUCGAUCCCGCAGGGCGCUGAGGGCGGAAGCGUGUCUCUUGAACAAUCUGUGAGGACAUUCCGGUUAUUUGAGAUUCUGCGGAGCGGGGAUACAACGGCUAUUUACAAGGCAAUCAAGGAAGCCAAAGAUCACCAGGGUGCAGGCACUCUUUCUGGGACCACCGUUCUUCACUUGGCUAUUCAAUGCGCCGAGCCGCAAGUGGUUGAAUACGUUCUGUCUGCAGGCGAUGACGUUGAUAUCAAUGCGCGAGAUCGUGAUGGCAAUACGGCGCUUCACCUUGCUGCGCAGCUUGGUAGAGGUCCGCUGGUGCGAGAAUUGUUAAAUCGACCAGCUGUCAAUGACUCGUUGGUUAACUACCGUGGCCAAACUGCUCUCGAUCUCGCCCGGACUCCAGAGAUUUUCCAGCAGCUGCAGUUGGCACGGUCCUUGUUCAUUGACAGCAAAACUCAAGAGAUCCAAUCCAUAAUUACUCAGGAGCAACCUGAAAAAUUGGAAAAGCUUCUAGAAGAGCCCCGAGUAGAAGGGACCAUUGAUGUGAAUAGCUUGGAGCUCGUUACGGAUCCCAUUACAGCGCAGUCCGGAGGGACUCUGCUGCACGAGGGAGCGAGGAAGAAGGACACGAAGCUUAUCCAGAUCCUCUUAAUGCAUGGAGCCGAUCCCUUUCGCCGUGAUAAGAAAGGCAAGUUGCCGCAGGAUGUCACCAAGGACGACCGGACGAAAGCCAUUCUAAAGAAAUCACCGGCUGCCGCCAUUGCGCAGCGUGGUAUCCAGGAGAAAGCCAUUCUGGGAAACAAUACCGCACAGGCUCUCGCCGGCCGGUCAUCCAUUGGUGAGCCUCCUUUGGCAGGCAAGGACUCGCGCGAAAUGAGAGGGUACUUGAAGAAGUGGACGAACUAUACUACCGGCUAUAAGCUACGGUGGUUUGUCCUUGAGGACGGAGUGUUGAGUUACUACAAGCACCAAGAUGAUGCUGGCUCUGCUUGUCGUGGUGCGAUCAACAUGAAAAUCGCGAGGUUGAAUAUGGACCCUCAGGAUAAGACACGGUUUGAAAUCCAUGGCAAAUCGUCCGUUAAAUACCACCUCAAAGCGAAUCACGUCGUGGAAGCGAAGCGCUGGUUUUGGACCUUGAACAAUGCCAUCCAGUGGGCCAAGGACGAAGCUAAAGAGGAAGAAAGACGCCAAAACCAGGAUGCCGAGGCACUUCGUCAAGCGAAACUCGAUCAGUCCGAGGGACGACAGCUCGAUUCCUCAGGUGAAACGAAGGGCUUGGCUCCUCCGUCGCUAGAGGUGCCGAACAGCAGCGGCUCAAAGCUCAGCAAAUACACAUCCCGUACUACUGCGGAAAGCGGACCUGGAGACGAGGAAGGGUCCAUAUACGACCCCUUUGAGCAAGGCGGUCCACAGAGUGAUGUGAAUCGGGCAACCAGUCAUGGGCCUGAUGGGGAAGAAGAUGAUUACGGUGACUAUGUGUCCAGUCGCGAGGUUCCUGCUAGCGACAAAGAUGCUUUGAAUAUCACCGCACAAUCCGCAAAGGUUCAACUUGAAUUGCUUGCAAAUGUUGCAUCCUCCUUACAAACCGAAAAGUCGAACAAUCCAGACAUGACCAUCUCGGAUCCGGCAGUCGAACAAGCCUUGGCUGCCUAUGAUACUGCUGUGAGCAGUCUUAAGAGUUUGGUUCAGAACCUACUUAAGAUAUCCCGCGAUCGUGAUUCGUAUUGGCGCUUUCGAUUGGGUCGGGAGGCGCAUCUUCGCAACAUGUGGGAGGAGAGUAUGGCUCGAGUCGCGCUUGAACAUGAAGACCUUCAGUCGAAGAUGGGCGAAUCCGAGGAGAAACGACGCCGGACUAAGAAAGCGCUCAAGGAAGCGCUGGAGGGUGCGUCUGCCAGUAACACUCGCCUCGCCGCGGGUGUUUCGCCUCAGGUGCAAGUCACCAGUGAGGAUGAGACUUUUGCCGAUUCUGGUGACCAGCAAGUUAAAGUCGAGGAAAACGCGGAAGAGCUUCCGGGCCAUAUGGAGGAGAAUACCAAGAAGGGAGGGCACACCCGGGUAUGCAGUCUUUACGAGCCUGAUUCUGACGAGGAAGACGAAUUCUUCGAUGCCCUUGACGCGGGCGAGAUUGAAGCAGAGGAUUUGACCAAAGCUGAGAAGAAGGAAAAAGAACAGCCUAGCAACGCAAACGGUGAACUUCGGGCCGUGAAAUACAAGCAAGUCCAACCUUCAUUCAAGGGAUAUGAAGAACCCAUUCGGGAGAGACUCAAGUUGGAUUACGAUAACAGACCAAGGAUCUCUUUAUGGGGAAUCUUGAAAUCUAUGAUUGGCAAGGACAUGACAAAAAUGACGCUCCCUGUGUCUUUCAACGAGCCAACUUCCUUGCUUCAGCGUGUGGCCGAGGAUCUGGAAUACGCGGACCUUCUUGACAUCGCAUCUGAUCGAUCUGAUUCCAUGGAACGUAUGGUAUAUGUUGCUGCAUAUGCGGCAAGUGAGUACGCUUCCACCAUCGGUCGUGUCGCCAAACCAUUCAAUCCGCUCUUGGGUGAAACAUUCGAGUACGUGAGGCCAGAUAAAGGUUAUCGUUUUUUCGUGGAACAAGUCAGCCACCAUCCUCCGAUUGGGGCUGCUUGGGCUGAGUCGGCCAAGUGGGAUUACUACGGUGAAUCGGCUCUUAAGUCGAAAUUCUACGGAAAAUCUUUUGACAUCAACCUCUUGGGUACAUGGUUCUUGAAGUUGCGACCCGUCUCCGGGGGAGAGGAACUCUACACAUGGAAGAAGGUUACUUCUUCCGUUGUUGGUAUCAUCACUGGGAAUCCCACAGUGGAUAACUAUGGAUUAAUGGAGAUCAAGAACUGGAACACCGGGGAGGUCUGUUACUUGGACUUCAAGCCCAGAGGUUGGAAAGCUGCAUCCGCGUACCAGGUGACGGGCAAGGUCGUUGAUUCGAGCGGGUCCCCCAAGUGGAGUGUCGGUGGCCGGUGGAAUGACAAGAUCUAUGCUCGUCACACUCCCGGUUUUGAGGCCCAAGUGUCUGCUCAAGACCCAGAAUCGGCCAAGACGCUCUUGGUUUGGCAAUCUCAUGAACGUCCCACGGGCAUCCCAUUCAACGUGACCCCCUUCGUUAUAACGUUGAACGCGCUACCUGAAAACUUGAAGAACUAUCUUCCUCCCACAGACACUCGCCUUCGGCCGGAUCAGCGUGCUAUGGAAGAAGGUGAGUAUGAUCUUGCUGCGGAGGAGAAGCACCGGGUCGAGGAGAAACAACGCGCGGCUCGAAGAGAGCGGGAGGCUAAUGGAGUGGAGUAUCACCCCAAGUGGUUCACCAGAGCACAGUGCCCUGUGACUGGUGAAGAGUACUGGGCACACAAUGGGAAAUAUUGGGAGUCCAGGGAAGCGCAGGACUGGAGUGCCAGUGAGGAUAUAUUUUAA